AUGUCCCGCCCGUCGUCCACGUCGACCAACUCUGCCAAUGCUUUUCCCAAGCCGGCGGGAGCCACCCUGCUAGUUCCCGAGCCUCUUGGAGAUCAACUUUCACCCUCACGAUCGACCUUCUCCUUCGAGGACUCUCCCAAAUCCGUUCACGGCUCUGAGCGAGGCGUCAUUUUCGAGGAUCUUCGCAACACGCGGCCGGUAAGUCGCGGCGCUCCUGGCGAGAAGAAGGCCCUUGACGCCCCCGGCCAACGGCAGCAGAACUAUAGCUCUCGUCGGCGCACACAGUACUACGAGGAGCAGUUCGCGUACAAGGACGACUCAAUGUCGUCGGCGCGCGAGCGUGUGACUAAGGAUGCACCAAUUAUUGCAGAGCUCCGCACUAACGUUAUCAUUAAGGACGAGUACACGCUGGUCACGGACUUGUCGCACCAUUUAUCAGCGCGGUAUCAACGGCCGGAAUCAUUUAUUAUGAUCACAGUAAAUCACUCUGCCUGUCUUCUUCUCGGUGGCUCGUUUGAACCAACGUACAUUCUUACUAUCAAUGCACUUCCGAUCCAACUGCAACCCACGACCAACAAACGCAAUGCCGCUCUCAUCCAAGCCUUCAUGUUUGAGUCUAUCGGCGUACCAUUGGAACGGGGGAUUAUGAGGUUCGUUCCCAUCCCUGAGGACAGCCUAGCCAUGAGCGGAGUGACUAUUUUGGGUGAGGUUGAACGACUUGAGCGGCAGCAAGCCGAAGAGCACACCAGCGGACUGAAACGAGCCCUUACGAAGAGCUCAAGAAGAUCCACAGUCGUCAAAUCAAAGAGCAGCAUCCAGCUUUCGAGGAACAAUUCACGAAUUAACCCAGGCCGAGCAGUCGUUACUCCUCCCCUCCCCAGCCCAGGCCCCUUCGACUCCGGCGUCGCUGUCGACGAGAAGGGACAAGGCGACCAGCUCUCUCCGCUACACACAAUAGACGGCAAUGUCAAGCGUAAAGGCUCAAUGCACCGCAAGCCUUCAAAAGUGCUUGCUAAGGAAUCGGGAGCACAGACCACGACAACACCAUUAACGAACAUCCCUCCGCCUCCUAUUCCUCAAGAUACACCUGCGCCUAAAAUCGGGAAGCGAAAAAGUUUCAUUGCCAUCUUUCGGCGUUAA